AAAUUUAAAUCUCGAGCCCGACUCAAUUCGUUAUGUAUCCUAUCAGGCACGUGGGGAAUUUAAGGCACUUGUUUAAUCGGCCUGCUGUUUAUUCAAGUUUGUUUCAACGACACGGAUCCACUGCUAAAUUCCUGAAGAAAAUCUUAGAGAAAGGAGGAAAAAAAAAGAAGUUUCGACACACAGGAAACUCGCCAACAGCUGGGCAGUAUGUAUCAGAGGGAAUGAAAUUUCAAUCUUUCCGAGUUAGCCAGGUUAUUCAUGAUGCAAUAGUGGAAUACUUUGACACCGGUGAACUUGACCCAGAUAUCCCACCACUAGGGGUCAGCAUCUCAAAGGUUGUAUGGAGCCCAGAGAUGAGUUCAAUGAAUGUCUUUUGGCAGAUAGAAUCAGAUGAUGUUGAAAAACGAGAUCAAGUGAAAAAUCUUCUCAACUCCAAAGCUAAGAAGCUCAGGGCCCUUCUGAUUGAGAGGAGAAUUUCAGGCCACAUUCCCGUUGUUCAAUUUGUGUGGGACAAAUCACAACGCAGCAAGUUUCACUUGGCUUAUAUUGAUAAAAUGCUAGCAGAGGCGGAUUAUGGCCCAGAUCACACACCUCAACAGAAUGUUACACACAGUGCGGAACUGGACUCUCCAGUUCUUACAGCCUCUCCAAAACUCCUGGAAAAAAUCCAAAUACUUUCUGCUAAAACAGACCCCAAUGUCUUGCCGGAAGUAGAAGACAUCGAGAAAUCUUUCAGUGAUGACAUUUAUGGAUUAGAACGUAAAGUGUUGUUGGCCUCAAUAAAACAAUCAAAGGAUAAACUGGAGGCUGGUCUGAAAAAGAGGGAAAAAAGACUUCUUAAGGAGCAAAAGCGACUUAAAUCGCAACUGAAGAAGGUAAAUAAAAAUGAAGGUGGACAGAAAAUUGACCUGUCAAGGAAAAGAGAUGUUCCUCUAAAGAGAGUGAGUGAAAUCCAAAAACUUAUGUCUGAGGACAAGGAAGGCGAGAAUCUAGAAAAACUUGAAGAAACUGAGGACAAUAAUUUUCUUGAGGAAGAGUGGUCAGAUGAUGAAGAUGAUGAUAUUGACGAGGAGGAUGAUGAGGUCAAUAUCAUUGGUCAGAAAACAGAGGAAGGCAGCAGUAAACAUGAUGAAAACUCUGAUGCAGAAAAGAUUAAUGAAUCACAACUACAACAAUGUGAAAAUGACAAUAAUGUGAAAGAUGAUUUAAAUUCUGGGCCAGGAACAGAAAGUCUUCAAACGCUCAAAAGACAUGGGCUGAGGAGGAGUUCUUUAAGGAGUCCUAUCAGAGUUAGAGAAAUGCAGAGGUAUAUAAGUGAAGAAAACAUUGAGGAAACUGAUAAUGAUGUAGACUUUAUGAAGAGUGAAUGGUCAGAUGAUGAGAAAAGUGAUGAUGAUGUGAAACCUGAAAACAAGAAAACAUAAUUGAUUUCAAUCUCUUAAACUUAAAAACUUGAUACAUGUAUUUUUUGUUUUAUUAUUAGAAAUUGACUUGCAGAAAUUAAUAAAAAAGUGCCAAAAAUUAACAGUACAUAAUUAAAGUUUUUACAUGAACAAAAAAGAGUUUGUGUGGUCAAAAUUAAGCCAAACUUUAGGGUUUGUUUAGUAAAUACAUGUAUUAGACAAACUUGUAUGUAUAGAAUGAUCAGCAUUCAUGAAUUUUGUAAAACUUAUGGGUCAAGAUAGCACACUAUAUAAUUUACCAUUGUCAUUAGGGCUUUUCGACU